AUGGGGGUCUGUUGUAGCAAGGGCACAGGGAUAACUGUGGAGAACGGCGCGGAUGAUAGUAAUGAUCAUAGUGAUACGGAGGCUGUGGUUAGAGACACAAAUGAUGGUGCCAUUAUAAGGUCUCGCGGAUCUUCUAAACAUGUUUCCAUGGCAAUCAAACAAGGGAAAAAGGGGAUCAAUCAAGACGCCAUGACAGUCUGGGAGAACUUUGGUGGGGAGGAAGAUAUGAUCUUUUGCGGUGUAUUUGACGGUCACGGCCCCAUGGGUCACAAGAUCUCUCGUCACGUAUGUGACAGUCUACCUUCAAGGGUCCAUUCGAGAAUCAAAUCUUCAAAAUCUGGCGGCAAUGAAAACAUAGAGAAUGAUAUUAGUUCACAGAGUCAGGAGGGACUCUUCCGUGAACUCGAGGAAGUUCUGGUUACAUUCUUUAAGCGAAUAGACAGCGAACUUGGUCUUGACUCUCCUUAUGAUAGUUUUUGCAGCGGCACAACUGCUGUAACCGUCCUUAAACAAGGCGACUGCUUGGUGAUCGCAAACCUGGGAGAUUCACGAGCCGUUCUUGGCACCCGUGGUGGAAAGAACAGUAGUCUCAAAGCUGUCCAACUCACUGUUGAUCUGAAACCCUGUGUUCAACGCGAAGCAGAGAGAAUAGUAUCAUGCAAAGGAAGGGUGUUUGCUAUGGAAGAGGAACCUGAUGUGUAUAGAGUGUGGAUGCCUGAUGAUGAUUGCCCUGGACUUGCAAUGUCUAGGGCUUUUGGUGAUUUCUGCCUCAAAGACUAUGGACUUCUAUGCAUCCCUGAGGUCUUUUGCAGAAGAGUCAGUAGAGAAGACGAGUUUGUGGUUCUAGCCACCGAUGGGAUUGUAGGUGCAUGUAAGGACCGGUCAAUGGCAGCAGAGAUGCUGGUUCAGAGAGCCGCUCGAACAUGGAAAACGAAGUUUCCAGCCUCUAAAGCUGAUGACUGCGCCGUGGUGGUGCUUUACCUGAACCACCGGCCAUACCCAAGAGAAGGAAACAUGAGCCGAGCGGUAUCGACUAUUUCUUGGAGAUCAAGUAAGAGCAAUAACGAGUGUUAUGGAGGCCACUGA